AUGUUCAUUUCUCUGGAUAAUCACACGUUUCAGUUCCAGUCAUAUCCUGGGCACCCAUCUCUAGAUCCCAGCUGCAUGGUACUCUUAGUUAUUCUUGUGAAAACAUUCCUCAAUAUCCUGAUGAUAGCCAUUGGAAGAAAAGACACCCACCAAAGUUUUCUGGAAUGUUUUUGCAUGUCUGUAGUGCUCAUCGACUUCUUCCUUUUGGUGGCCCUCUCUUUUAUAGCCUAUUUCCAAGACUUUGCCCUUUGGGGCAUUAGGUUUACAAAAUACCACAUCUGUCUAUUACCUCAAAUUCUGUCCUUUGCCUACGGCUUCCUGCAUGGCCCAGUUUUUCUUCUAGCCGGUCUGGAUCACUACCUGAACAUCUCUCAGACGUCAAAGGUCUCACACUUCUGUCAAAACAUCCUUUAUUUCUUUUCAGUCAUUUUUAUUUGGAUCGCAGCCCUUGCGUAUGUUUUGGGAGACCCCGUCAUCUAUGUAAGCCUGAGUAAACACGGUCUUUCUUCCUACCAGUGCCCUUUCUACAUCAGCAUUCAGAGCUACUGGCUAUCAGUUUUCAUGGUGGGGGUCCUCCUGGUGGUUUUCGCAACUUGUUGGUCUGAAGUCCUGACACUGAUUCAGUCUCUUCACAUCACUUCCUAUAUGAAGGAGACCGCCCUGUACUUUCCUCUUGCACCAGAGUGGGAUCACACAGUCGUCUGUAAAAAGCAGCUUUUGACCAAACUUUUCAUCUGUUUCCUUGGAACUUGGCUCCCAUUUGUUUGCCUUCAGAUAAUCAUUCUGUUUCUGGACAUGCGGAUUCCAGCCUAUGUGGAGAUGAAUGUCCCCUGGUUGUAUUUUGUUAACAGUUUUCUCAUUGCUGCUGUUUACUGGUUUAGGAGUCAUGAGCUUAAGGUAACAGAAACAAUUUUAUGCAUGGACCCAUUUGUCAGCUGGAAAUUCUGCUUUAUUCCUUUCACAAUUCAUCAUAUGGAGCAAACAGAAAAAACUGCAGCAGUGAUGGUCUGUUAAUUUGUUGCUGUGUUGGGUAAUUAGAGCCCAGAGCUCAUUUCAUUGUGUGAUCAUCUUUGUAAAUGGCUCAGACGAGGAAAGAUGAGGGUGGCCAUCCAAGGAUGUUAUAGAAACCACUCAGGGUUACUGGUCACAUUGAUGUUUGGGGCCACAAGCUGAGAUGCAUGGCU